UGAUGGAAAGCUGCACCGAUUCAGUUCUCCACUCUCUCUGAACCUGACCUCGCUAUAAAGAAAAGCAGAAGCGCCGCCGCACACCAACCGCAGUACCGCAGCCGCCGCACCACGACAGCUCCCUCGGCGCCGCCCUCUCCCAAACCCCCAAACAAACCCCUCGACGCCAGGGAACUCACCAUGGCGGCGCCGUCCCCGACCACCGCCGCAGCAGCCACCACGCACCACCGCCUCCUCCUCCCCACCUCGCACCGCGCCCUCGCCCCUUCCUCCUCCUCGCUCCGCCUCCCCGUCCGCGCCAGCACCACCCCGGGCGCGCGCAUCCGCGUCUCCGCUGCCACCGCACCCGCCGCCGCGGCGUCGACCGCGUCCCCGCCUUCCUCCGCAUCCGGGGCCGUCGAGGGGAAGCCCACGGUGCUCGUGGCCGAGAAGCUGGGCGCCGCGGGGCUGGCGCUGCUCCGGGAGUUCGCCAACGUCGAUUGCUCCUACGGCCUCUCCCCCGAGGAGCUCCGCGCCAAGAUCUCGCUCUGCGACGCGCUCAUCGUGCGGUCGGGGACCAAGGUCGGCCGCGACGUCUUCGAGGCCUCCGGGGGCAGGCUCCGCGUCGUGGGCCGCGCCGGCGUCGGGAUCGACAACGUCGACCUCGCCGCCGCCACCGAGCACGGCUGCCUCGUCGUCAACGCGCCCACCGCCAACACCGUCGCCGCCGCCGAGCACGGGAUCGCGCUGCUCACUGCCAUGGCCAGGAACAUCGCGCAGGCCGACGCCUCGCUCAAGGCUGGUAAAUGGGCGCGCAACAAGUAUGUUGGUGUAUCCCUUGUUGGUAAAACUCUUGCUAUCCUUGGAUUUGGAAAGGUUGGGUCAGAAGUCGCACGUCGUGCUAAAGGUUUAGGAAUGCAAGUGAUUGCACAUGAUCCAUAUGCUUCUGCUGAUCGUGCUCGUGCAAUUGGAGUUGAGCUAGUAAGCAUGGAAGAGGCUAUGACAACCGCUGACUUUAUCUCAUUGCAUAUGCCCCUUACCCCUGCAACAAACAAGAUGCUCAACGAUGAAGCCUUUGCUAAGAUGAAAAAGGGUGUUCGGAUUAUAAAUGUUGCACGUGGUGGUGUAAUUGACGAAGAAGCUCUAGUCAGAGCUCUUGAUGCAGGAAUAGUUGCACAGGCUGCUCUUGAUGUGUUUACUAAAGAGCCUCCAACAGCAGAUGACAAAUUAGUACUGCAUGAGAAUGUUACUGUGACACCACACCUUGGUGCCAGCACAGUAGAAGCACAGGAAGGAGUGGCUAUUGAAAUAGCUGAAGCUGUCACUGGAGCUCUGAGAGGGGAGCUUGCAGCUUCUGCAGUCAAUGCACCAAUGGUUCCUGCUGAGGUGCUGUCAGAACUUGCACCUUUUGUUGUACUUGCGGAAAAGCUAGGGCGUCUGGCUGUGCAACUAGUCGCUGGUGGUGGUGGUAUCAAGUCUGUGAAAGUGACCUACGCAUCUGCAAGGGCACCUGAUGAUCUAGACACUAGACUUCUCCGCGCAAUGAUCACCAAGGGUGUGAUCGAACCGAUCUCCGACGUUUUUGUCAAUCUGGUUAAUGCUGACUUCACUGCAAAGCAGAGGGGGAUUCGCAUCAGUGAGGAGAGAAUCCUGAUGGAUGGCUUGCCUGAGACACCUCUUGAUCACAUUCAAGUUCAGAUUGCAAAUGUUGAGUCCAAAUUCCCCAGUGCGAUAGCUGAGACUGGAGAGAUCACAGUAGAGGGAAAGGUGAAGGAUGGUGUCCCUCACCUAACAAAGGUUGGAGCCUUCGAGGUUGAUGUGAGCAUGGAAGGCAGCCUGAUUCUUUGUAGGCAGGUUGACCAACCUGGUAUGAUUGGGUCAGUUGGAAGUGUCUUGGGUGAGGAGAAUGUCAAUGUCAGCUUCAUGAGUGUCGGGAGAAUUGCUCCUCGCAAGCGCGCUGUCAUGGCGAUUGGUGUCGAUGAGGAGCCUAGCAAGGCGACGCUGACCAAGAUCGGGGAGAUUCCGGCGAUCGAAGAGUUUGUUUUCCUCAAGCUGUAGGGGCAUAUGUAUGUUUGGGGUUGCAAACAUGGUUGUGCAAUUUUGAUGUAGCUAGCUAAUUAAUUAGGGACCUAGGGGGUAGAUGGUUGUCGUUGGAAUAAGGUUUUCUUAGAAGAUCAGGGAUAUCUCCCCGGUUCCAUUAUUGAAAAUGAAACCAAACAAACCCAGUUCACAUGUUCCAGUUUAA